AUUGCACUUUUCACAAUUGCAAUACAUACAUAUGCGAAGUAGAACUCAUAUGUUCAUACAGACGAAUAGAUUUGAUUAAGCAAAGUUAAUGUAUGAUAUAUUUUUGAUUUAAUUUAUAUCUAUUGAUAUGAUAUUAAUGUAAUUGGAAUUGUUUUUAUUAAUUUUUCUCAAUAUGGCCUCUUCUGCAUAUGCCGUCGAAGGCAAUUUUCCCUACUGCAACCCUGCAGCUUAUGUUAAAACAGCUGUUUUCAUGCUCUUGUGGAAAAAUAAAUGUUGAAUUAUAAACCUGUGAAGUACUUCAUGAAACAGUUGUGAAUAAAUUUUUUGUUUACCACGAGACUUAAAUUUGUUAAAUCGAUUAUAUUACAACACGUAAUGGCUGCAAAUGCGAAUGAAAUGGAAAUGCUGCGGAAAGCUAUCCGUCUGCUGCACUCUCCUCAUCCGAACUCUGCUGUGGAGCUGCGAAUGAUGUUGGAUGAAGCUAUAAAACAACGUUACGGUCCGGAGCUUAUGAUAUCUAACAAUAUGAGCAAAGAACUUAUUGAGCUGGAAGCAAAUUUUCCUGGUCGAGCCGCCACACCACCACCUCCUCAGGAACCUCUGCAAACAAUAGACCAAGGCCACACCGUUGAUGAAGUCAUAAAUCUAACUGGUUCUCCUGCCAAGACAAUAUCAGACUCACCAGAUACUAUUAUGGACUCUGACGAUGGUGCAAACAUCGGCAGCACAAUGCUUGCAGGUGGUGAUGAAGAUGUUAAUUUGAAAGAAUUUGGCGAUUUGAAUUGUGCUGUUUGUGGUGAAAUGGUUUUUACUGCCACGAACCGUUUAAUCGAAUGUUCUAGUUGUGGAACCCUUUACCACCAAGAAUGCCAUAAACCACCGAUAACAGAUGAAGAAGCAUCUGAAGGACAGGAGCACAACUGGCAGUGUGAUACUUGCCUUAAUAAACCCUCAACUAGUAAAGCGGCGGGUGUCGUACUUGACGAACCAAUAUCAUUGAUAUCAAAAACAAAGUCUUCGGCUACAUCCUCACGUUCCUCAUCCUCUUCAAAUUCAUCCUCACCAUUUGCAGUUGUGCAGCAUGACGCACCCACAACAUCAGCUUCAACGGCUCCACCGGCACAAACUCUUUCAUCAUCUGGAAGUAGGCAUCACCAUCACAAGAGUUCUAGGUCGCAUAAAGAGGAGCGACCAUCAUCGAGUAGUUCAAAGUCGGGUUCUUCAAGCAGUGCUAUCAAUCCAACUUUUAACGUUGUUAGUGCAAGCGACAAGAGUUCGUCUCAUUCAUCAAAAAAAUCAUCGUCACAUUCCUCGUCAUCUAGCAAAUCAUCUUCAUCGAAGUCGUCGUCGAAACAUCACGACAGUAGUAAACGUAAACCCAAAUGACUUGCAUGCAUUUAAUGGUUGUCUAAUUAUUUUGUACUAAUAUGCAGAUAAUAAGAAAAUUAAGUAAAAUUUUAUAAAGUGAAUUGUGGUACGCAUUUGAAUUUGAUUGGAAGAUUGAAAAAGGUUUUGAGAGACAAUAAAAUCAAUCACUAAUAUUUUCAUAC